AUGGCGGAAGUUGGUACAUCACCCGGUCCAGAAGUCUUACUUCCCAAGGUUACUGUCAGGACCCAGCUCACGAAGGAGCUUGUCAAGGACCCCCCGUUCCUGACCGCCCGUCGACACCUUUGGAUCGCUGCGACGACGGAACGACUCAUUUCGCACACCAUUCACCAACGCAUCCUCGACGCCUCAUAUCUGCCGACCCUCCUCCGCUCCACCCGUGCUGCCCUGUUCCCCAACAAUGCCCCGGGCGUCUCGACGCUGGUGGCCCCCUCAUCUGACGACGAGCUGCGUGUCCUGCGCCGCAGGUGCGCUAGCGCGCUUCUAGCCAGACUCCCGCCCUGGCUGGCCGACCUUUACCUGGGCGGGCGAGGCCUUGGCUUGCGGUGGCGACCCGAUCCGCCUUCGAAGACUGUUGCUGCUGCCUCCCGCGUGAGCGAGGCCGGCAGCUCUGGCAAGGUAGACAACGGCGGCGGUGAAGGAGCGGACGGCAUUGCCAAUAACGACGACGACACUCUCAGUGACAGCGACGGCGAGAAUGGCGACUGGCAGCAGAUGCUCUCCGAAAUCGAGAAUGGCAUCCUCGACGUCUUAUCGGACGAGUACUGCAACAAACACCUGGUGUAUAGCGUUUUGGAGCUGGUUUUGGUGAGGCUGAUGCCUGAGCUGACGGAAAAGGGCAUUGUCGAGCUCUGGGAGGAGCGUCUGAGCUUAUGA